CUAAUCUUCACAAGAUAACAAAUAGAUUAGUCAUAACAUAUUUAUUGUUAAAUUUGGCUUUGUUGCAAUAAACUAGUUUCUUUGUCAAUUGAUGUAGUAUUAAUGUGCAUAUCAAAAAUGUUCAAAAAGAAAACUAAAACUGACGAAAUAAAGAGUGAUGAAACACCAUUGCAAAAAACCAUAGUUGUACACAAAAUUGAAGAAAGGAAGUCAUCAGCCUACUUCCACACAUCCUCAACCACAACCUCUACAAGUACUCAAAGCUUUUUGAAACAAUCAUCAACUUCGAAGAGUCCGCUGUCAAUUACCAAUUCAUCACCACGUACAAUAUUCGAAAUCGAUGGAACUCUGCGUUCACCUGCACCAUUUCAACCCAAUUAUCAGAGUGCAUUCCAAAGAAACGCCGUGCCAUAUAGAAGUAUACAAAGUACAAUCAGUACACCUGCAUUACCUGCUCAAUCUACGCCUAAUUUAAGAUACACAGGAACAUCCAAUAAUCCCAUUGUGCCUGCUUUAUCACGGCGUAAUAGCACCCCACCCAAUAACACAAUUAAUACUAUUGUACCUACUUAUGAAAUGAAAGCUAGAAGGAAAGGAAUGGCUUUGAUUAUAAACAAUGUUCAUUUCGAUAAGAAAACAGACGAGCGUAAAGGUGCCGAAUUCGACGAAAUUAACUUAAAAAAUCUACUUAAAGAGAUGGGAUUUGAAGUUAAAUCACACAGUAAUCAGACAGUAUCUAAAAUGAAAGAGAAGAUAAAAAACUUUAGCAAAGACAAAUCCCUACAAAACGUUAAUGUUUCAUUAGUAGUUAUGAUGAGCCACGGAACUAACAAAAAGAACGGUCUACCUAUGCCUGGAAAUUACACAGAAGUUAUCGGAACUGACGGCAAAGGCUUGGCUGUUGACGAAGUGCUAGCGGAAUUUACUGGUGAAAAUUGUAAAGGAAUGAAAGGAAAGCCCAAAAUUUUCAUAUUCCAGUGUUGCAGGGGCGCGAGAAGCGAGUAUCAAGUGGAUGCUAUGCCUUUUGGAAUAGCUAAAAAUCACGCUGAUAUGCUCGUAGCGUAUUCCACACUGCCAGGUCUCUAUUCUUUGAGGGACAUAAAGAAGGGAAGCAUUUACAUCCAAACUAUAUGCCAUGUUUUCCAGCAGCAUUCUAGAAACUUGGACGUGGAAUCGCUGUUGAAGAUAGUGGAUUCAGAACUAGCCAAGAAAGGCCAUGUACAAACUUCAAGUUACGAAAAUAGGGGAUUUAAAACGUGUUUUUUGUUUAAUCAAAAUCGUUAGAAAUAAAAAUAAAACGUAAUUUUAUAAACA